CCAUAAUAUAAAUAUACGCAAGUCAAAAUGCAUUGAGCUUAUCUCUCAUUUAGACUUUAAAUUUCUGAUUUCAGAGAGGUCAACUCUUUAAGCCAAGCCAUGGCUCAUAUGGUUGGAGCAGACGAUAUUGAGUCAUUGAGAGUAGAGCUUGCAGAGAUCGGAAGAAGCAUCAGAUCAUCAUUCCGGAGACAUACUUCGAGUUUCAGAAGCAGCUCUUCAAUAUAUGAAGUUGAAAAUGAUGGUGAUGUUAAUGAUCAUGAUGCAGAGUAUGCUCUGCAAUGGGCUGAGAUUGAGAGAUUACCAACUGUCAAGCGAAUGAGAUCGACUCUCCUUGAUGAUGGCGAUGAGUCCAUGACCGAGAAAGGAAGAAGAGUCGUUGAUGUCACAAAGCUUGGAGCCGUGGAACGUCAUCUGAUGAUUGAGAAACUCAUCAAACACAUUGAGAAUGAUAAUCUCAAGUUGCUCAAGAAAAUCAGGAGAAGAAUAGACAGAGUCGGGAUGGAGUUACCGACCAUAGAAGUGAGGUACGAGAGUUUAAAAGUGGUGGCCGAGUGCGAGGUUGUCGAAGGGAAGGCACUUCCAACACUGUGGAACACUGCUAAGCGUGUUUUAUCUGAACUGGUGAAGCUCACUGGUGCAAAAACACAUGAAGCCAAGAUAAACAUUAUUAAUGAUGUUAAUGGCAUUAUAAAGCCAGGAAGGUUAACACUGUUGCUUGGUCCUCCUAGCUGCGGAAAAACAACUUUGUUAAAGGCCUUGUCUGGAAAUUUAGAAAACAAUCUAAAGUGUUCAGGUGAAAUAUCUUACAAUGGACACAGACUGGAUGAGUUUGUUCCUCAGAAAACUUCAGCGUACAUAAGUCAAUAUGAUCUGCACAUUGCAGAGAUGACAGUGAGGGAGACAGUUGACUUCUCAGCUCGUUGUCAGGGCGUUGGUAGCCGAACAGAUAUUAUGAUGGAAGUUAGUAAAAGAGAAAAGGAAAAAGGAAUCAUUCCUGACACAGAAGUGGAUGCUUACAUGAAAGCAAUUUCUGUUGAAGGACUCCAAAGAAGUCUGCAAACAGAUUACAUUUUGAAGAUUCUCGGACUUGAUAUUUGUGCAGAAAUAUUGAUUGGAGAUGUGAUGAGGAGAGGUAUAUCAGGAGGUCAAAAGAAGCGUCUUACCACAGCUGAGAUGAUCGUUGGCCCGACAAAGGCUCUGUUUAUGGAUGAAAUAACAAAUGGCCUAGACAGCUCCACAGCUUUUCAGAUUGUCAAAUCUCUUCAGCAGUUUGCUCACAUAUCAAGCGCUACUGUACUUGUUUCGCUUCUUCAACCCGCCCCAGAAUCCUAUGACCUCUUUGAUGACAUUAUGCUGAUGGCCAAAGGAAGAAUCGUGUAUCAUGGUCCACGCGGUGAAGUCCUUAACUUCUUUGAGGAUUGUGGAUUCCGAUGCCCUGAAAGGAAGGGUGUUGCAGACUUUCUCCAGGAGGUUAUAUCCAAAAAAGAUCAAGCACAAUACUGGUGGCACGAGGAUUUACCUUACAGUUUUGUCUCGGUAGAAAUGUUGUCGAAGAAGUUCAAGGACUUGAGUAUUGGGAAAAAGAUCGAAGACACUCUGUCAAAGCCAUAUGAUAGAUCCAAAAGCCAUAAGGAUGCUUUGUCCUUCAGUGUGUAUUCUCUUCCAAACUGGGAGCUGUUCAUAGCAUGCAUAUCAAGAGAGUAUCUUCUCAUGAAGAGAAACUAUUUCGUCUAUAUUUUCAAGACUGCUCAGCUUGUUAUGGCCGCAUUCAUCACUAUGACAGUGUUUAUCCGAACACGGAUGGGUAUUGAUAUCAUUCAUGGAAAUUCUUACAUGAGUGCCCUCUUUUUCGCCCUCAUUAUACUUCUUGUUGACGGAUUCCCAGAGUUGUCUAUGACGGCUCAACGUCUAGCCGUGUUUUAUAAGCAGAAGCAGUUGUGUUUCUAUCCUGCAUGGGCGUAUGCAAUCCCUGCAACAGUGUUAAAGGUCCCUCUCUCGUUCUUUGAAUCUCUCGUUUGGACCUGCCUCUCAUACUAUGUCAUUGGAUACACCCCUGAAGCAUCCAGGUUCUUCAAGCAGUUCAUUCUACUCUUUGCUGUUCACUUCACCUCGAUAUCCAUGUUCCGGUGUCUAGCUGCAAUCUUCCAGACAGUAGUUGCUUCAAUCACAGCUGGCAGUUUUGGUAUAUUAUUCACAUUUGUCUUUGCCGGUUUCGUCAUUCCACCACCUUCUAUGCCAGCAUGGCUCAAGUGGGGUUUCUGGGCAAAUCCUUUGAGUUACGGUGAGAUUGGGUUAUCAGUAAACGAGUUUCUUGCUCCAAGGUGGAAUCAGAUGCAACCCAAUAAUUUUACCUUAGGACGAACCAUACUCCAAACCCGUGGAAUGGACUACAACGGUUACAUGUACUGGGUAUCAUUAUGUGCCUUGUUGGGUUUCACUGUGCUCUUCAACAUCAUUUUCACUCUGGCUCUAACGUUCUUGAAAUCACCCACAUCAUCUCGAGCCAUGAUUUCGCAAGACAAACUCUCUGAGCUGCAAGGAACAGAAAAGUCAACAGAAGAUUCUUCUGUCAGGAAAAAGACCACAGACUCCCCUGUAAAGACCGAAGAAGAAGACAAAAUGGUCUUACCAUUCAAGCCUCUCACUGUAACAUUUCAAGACUUGAACUAUUUCGUUGACAUGCCAGUGGAGAUGAGAGACCAAGGAUAUGAUCAGAAGAAACUACAACUUCUCUCAGAUAUCACAGGAGCUUUCCGUCCCGGAAUCCUAACGGCACUAAUGGGAGUGAGUGGAGCUGGAAAAACCACUCUUCUCGACGUUCUAGCCGGAAGGAAAACAAGCGGAUACAUCGAAGGAGACAUUAGAAUCAGUGGCUUCCCUAAAGUCCAAGAAACAUUCGCUAGAGUCUCAGGCUACUGUGAACAAACAGAUAUUCACUCACCAAACAUCACUGUAGAAGAAUCCGUAAUCUACUCGGCUUGGCUUCGUCUAGCUCCUGAGAUCGAUGCCACAACAAAAACCAAAUUCGUGAAGCAAGUGCUUGAGACGAUCGAAUUAGAUGAGAUUAAAGAUUCAUUGGUGGGAGUCACCGGAGUUAGUGGAUUAUCGACGGAGCAAAGGAAGAGAUUGACGAUUGCGGUGGAGUUGGUGGCGAAUCCGUCGAUUAUAUUUAUGGAUGAGCCAACGACGGGGCUAGACGCAAGAGCAGCUGCCAUUGUUAUGAGAGCUGUGAAGAACGUCGCUGAUACUGGACGAACCAUCGUCUGUACUAUUCAUCAGCCUAGUAUCGACAUUUUUGAAGCCUUCGACGAGCUGGUGCUUCUUAAAAGAGGUGGUCGCAUGAUCUACACAGGACCAUUAGGCCAACAUUCACGUCACAUUAUCGAGUAUUUUGAGAGUGUUCCUGAAAUUCCUAAAAUAAAAGACAACCACAAUCCAGCAACAUGGAUGCUUGAUGUUAGUUCACAGUCGGUAGAAAUUGAACUUGGUGUCGAUUUCGCAAAAAUCUACCAUGACUCUGCUCUUUACAAGCGAAACUCAGAGCUUGUGAAACAGUUGAGCCAGCCAGAUUCAGGAUCAAGUGAUAUACAGUUUAAGAGAACCUUUGCACAAAGCUGGUGGGGACAAUUCAAAUCUAUUCUAUGGAAAAUGAACUUGUCUUAUUGGAGAAGCCCUUCUUAUAACCUAAUGCGUAUGAUGCACACUUUAGUCUCUUCUUUGAUCUUCGGCGCACUUUUCUGGAAACAAGGCCAAAAUCUAGAUACUCAACAGAGUAUGUUCACAGUAUUUGGAGCGAUCUACGGUUUGGUACUCUUCUUAGGGAUAAACAAUUGUGCAUCAGCUCUUCAAUAUUUCGAAACAGAGAGAAAUGUUAUGUACCGGGAAAGAUUCGCAGGGAUGUACUCAGCGACUGCUUAUGCAUUGGGUCAAGUGGUGACUGAGAUACCUUAUAUAUUCAUACAAGCUGCCGAGUUUGUGAUCGUAACAUAUCCAAUGAUCGGUUUCUAUCCUUCAGCCUACAAAGUCUUUUGGUCACUCUACUCUAUGUUUUGCUCACUACUCACUUUCAACUACCUUGCGAUGUUCCUCGUCUCCAUCACGCCAAACUUCAUGGUUGCCGCGAUUCUUCAAUCGCUCUUUUAUGUUGGUUUCAACCUUUUUUCGGGGUUUUUGAUCCCCCAAACGCAAGUACCAGGGUGGUGGAUUUGGUUAUAUUAUCUAACACCAACGUCUUGGACACUCAACGGGUUUAUCUCGUCCCAAUACGGCGAUAUUCAUGAAGAGAUCAAUGUCUUUGGACAAUCCACGACGGUUGCAAGAUUCUUGAAAGACUAUUUUGGAUUUCAUCAUGACCUUUUGGCGGUUACCGCGGUUGUUCAAAUCGCUUUUCCCAUUGCCUUAGCUUCUAUGUUUGCAUUCUUCGUGGGCAAACUCAACUUCCAACGAAGAUGAUCAUGCCAAUUAGUCUUCAUCAAUCAUCAUUUUAGAAUAAAAUAAUAAAAUAAUGGUUUUUAUUUUUGUUUGUGAAAAUAAACAUAUAACAUAUAACUUUUCUUUUUGGUAUGUAUAUGAUUUUGAGGAAAGUAAACAAAGCAUUGUCUAUGCAAAACAAAUAACCAAAUCUUGCAAGUAUCAAAACUAUAUUACUUAUUACUUGUCUUGACAAAGACGAGUACUUGUUUUUCCAA